GAUAUCUGUCGUAGCUAGCAGUAGUCGUCAGUUCAUCUCCGUCUGCCUGCCGCUGGUGCAGGUGAGGCCUAUGCGGGAAGAUGGCGACGGAAAAACCGAAACAUGAAGGCAGGGUUAAAAUUGGACACUACAUCCUCGGGGACACGCUUGGGGUGGGCACAUUUGGAAAAGUAAAAGUGGGUCAGCAUGAGCUGACCAAGCACCAAGUGGCCGUGAAGAUCCUGAACCGGCAGAAGAUUCGCAGUCUGGAUGUGGUGGGGAAGAUCCGCCGAGAGAUCCAGAACCUCAAGCUCUUCCGCCACCCUCACAUUAUUAAACUGUACCAAGUCAUUAGCACACCCACGGACAUUUUUAUGGUGAUGGAAUACGUAUCAGGAGGAGAGCUGUUUGACUACAUCUGUAAAAAUGGCAAGUUGGACGAGAAGGAGAGCAGACGGCUGUUCCAGCAGAUCAUCUCCGCCGUGGACUACUGCCACAGGCACAUGGUGGUGCACAGGGACCUCAAGCCCGAGAACGUCCUGCUGGACGCCCAUAUGAAUGCCAAGAUCGCCGACUUCGGAUUAUCAAAUAUGAUGUCCGAUGGAGAGUUCUUGAGAACGAGUUGUGGGUCUCCAAACUACGCUGCUCCUGAAGUCAUAUCUGGAAGAUUGUACGCAGGGCCCGAGGUGGACAUAUGGAGCAGCGGCGUGAUCCUGUACGCGCUGCUGUGUGGUACGUUGCCCUUCGACGACGACCACGUGCCCACGCUCUUCAAGAAGAUCUGCGACGGCAUCUUUUUCACACCGCAGUACCUCAACCCGCAGGUCAUCAGCCUGCUCAAGCACAUGCUGCAGGUGGACCCCAUGAAGAGGGCCACCAUCAAGGAGAUCCGGGAGGACGACUGGUUCAAGCAGGACCUGCCCAAGUACCUGUUCCCUGAGGACGCGUCUUAUAGCAACACCAUGAUUGACGAGGAGGCCCUCAAGGAGGUGUGUGACAAGUUUGAGUGCACGGAGGAGGAGGUGCUUACAUGUCUCUAUAGCACCCCUGUCCCUUCUGCCAGUCGGAAUCAUCAGGACCCCCUGGCAGUGGCCUACCACCUGAUCAUCGACAAUCGGCGCAUCAUGAGCGAGGCCAAGGACUUCUACCUGGCCUCCAGUCCUCCGGACUCCUUCCUGGACGACCUGCCUGCCCACCACUUCACCAAGCCACACCCCGAGCGCAUGGCCUACCUUGUGGCCGAUGCCCAGCCGGCGCGGCCCCGGCACACCCUGGACGAGCUCAACCCGCAGAAGUCCAAGCACCUGGGCGUUCGGCGCGCCAAGUGGCACCUGGGUAUCCGCAGCCAGAGCCGGCCCAACGACAUCAUGAGCGAGGUCUGCCGGGCCAUGAAGCAGCUGGACUACGAGUGGAAGGUAGUGAAUCCGUAUUAUUUACGCGUGAGGAGGAAGAAUCCUGUUACAGGCAUGCAAACCAAGAUGAGCUUGCAGCUCUACCAAGUGGACAGCAGAACAUAUCUGCUGGACUUCAGGAGCAUAGAUGACGACGUGAUGGAGGCCAAAUCUGGGACUGCAACCCCUCACCGCUCGGGCUCUGUGGGGAACUACAGAAUGGCCCUGAAGAAUGACAAGACUGAGAAGGGCGAGGCGGUGGACGGCGAGGCCUCAGCCCCCUCCACGCCGCCGGUGGCCCAGGCCCACGGCCGCGACGGCUCGCUGGCCUCCUCGCUCACCUCCUCCGUGGACUCGACCGGAGGCGAGCCGUACCCGCGACCCGGCAGCCACACCAUCGAGUUCUUCGAGAUGUGCGCCAACCUCAUCAAGCUGCUCGCGCGAUAGCUCUCAGUGCUCACACCGCCUUCUGCUCUCUCUCUCUCUCUCUCUCUCUCUCUCUCUCUCUCUCUCUCCUCUCUCUCUCUCUCUCUCUCUCUCUCUCUCUCUCUCUCUCUCUCUCUCUCUCUCUCUCUCUCUCUCUCUCUCUCUCUCUCUCUCUUUUCUCUAUACCCAUUCUCUGUCUCUUUCUUCUGUUUCAGUCAUGCCAUCUUUUUGGAUUGUCUCUUUUUCUCUCUCUGUUUCACUCUUUGUGUCUUUAUAGCAAUAAGCAUGUUAACAGACUCGUUGCUCUACAUCAUUCCACUUAGAUGGAUGAAUAUGAUUGGUUCAUGGAUGCACUGAGGUGGAUGUUUCAGAGCUCUGACUGGGUGACAGAAAGGGGAGGGAUUUAGUGGGGCACUGCUACAGAACACUAAUCCUCAUGUGCUUGGGUCCUGUAUGGGUUCUGUGAUGUUUGCCUGCAGCUCAGAGUCCUGAUAUGAUUAAUAAUGGUGAGCUUCAGUGAUUUAUUACACAAUAAUGAUCUAAUGUAUGAUAUUUGAACAUUUAUCAAACAUAUAGUUGGUAAUACAUUGGAGUCGAGAGUUAGUUCACCCUCUUGUUAGCCACACUGUUCACCCCUCAAUCACAGAGGAUGUAGUUUCUCAGUGUGGCCUUGAAAGAUGGAAAACUGAUGGCAUCUGGACAGUGACAUUUAAAGGUGUGUAUAUAGCCUUCUAUGGCAAAAAUUAUGUUUAUAAGUAUGCUUGAACCCCAUUACCUAACUCCAAAAUCCAUGGACAUCAGUGAAUUACAUGGUGCCUCAGGCAAGCAUCUCGGGACUCUCCCACAGCUAUCUCAAGGUAGCAUGACAUGGCUUCAUGUUCUGCAGAUUUCAGUGCCCCUUAAAGUGGAGUGAGAGAAAGGGAGAAGGCAGCAGAACUGAGAAAUCAUCGCUACGCCACUUUACUGAAAUAUUCAUCAUUUUACAGAUUGUUUUUGGUAUUCACAAAGAAAUUUGCCCCCCCUCAACCACAAAGUUAACUUGCCCCAGUGUUUUAUGAAUGACUGAAGUGAUACACUGAGUUCACUGUACUGUAUCCAGAUGGAGUUGCAAGAUUACGUGUGUGUGUGUGUGUGUGUGUCUGGUCACACUGAUGAUCUUUUGAUUAGUUGUGUGGUGGGAAGCAGUUUUGUUUUCGUACCUGCUGCUCCGCUUCACGCUGAAGGCCGCCUGAGCGUGAAGCCAGCAAACCCUAAGCAGACCCAGGCCUCAGAGGCCAGCCCUUUAUGGCCACAGAGGCCUGUCAAAGACCACAGUCCUCCUGGAAGACCCAUAGGUCAUAUGAACAUCCAGCACUCUAGAGGCCCAGGGCUCCCUAAGCAUGCAGGACAUUUAGGGCCUAGUAGCUUUCUAGAGCAUCAGGUCCCAGUUAUCAGGGGCCCGAGCAAGCAUUCUGAGUGCCCAGCUCAGCGCUUUAGGGCUAACGGCUAUCGGAAUGCCUGUAGCACCAGUACCCAAGUCAUUCUGUGAGGAUGUGCAAUGCCCCUGUAUCUCUGUUCAGGAAAAGAAAAUUAUUUUGAUUAUUAUGAUUUUGUUUGGAUUUUUUUUUUUUCUAAGCAGAGGUUGUGUCUUGUCUCGGAAGUUCUGAAUGGUCUGUUCCUUACAUUUUUAUAGACAUAUAUAUCUAUAUAUUCAGAAUAAACAAUUGUGUUUGGAUCUAUAUUUAUCAGUGCUCGACAUGAGUAUAGCAGAUUAUAAUGUGGAUUUAUGGACUUUGAAUGAUUCGCUUUUUAAAAUGAUUAUAUAUUGCUGGAUGACGUUUUAUUUGAUACACGUUUUGUUUUUUCCUUUUUUAACUUUAGGUUUUAAUUGAAAAAGACCACUGGUUAGAAAAUGGACCAGAGAGGUAUUGUCAGGUGACUCAUGAUUUGAACUUGAUCUUGAAACCGAAGUUCUUAUUCCAGCGAGCAAAGUGGGAUGUCAGAAUUAACCUUAGAGUGAGUAUGGAAUAAUCGUAGGGAUAAUUCAUGUCUACAAGGUUAGCCUUAAAAAAAAAAAAGUCAAAAGUUAACAUUUUCCUUAUUGAAAUUUAAUUCUGCUGAUGUUGACUGAGAUGUUAAUUGCCUGACACAAAGUUUGAUGCGCAUGACAAUUGUAGUUACGGACACUGUUAUAUAUUUUUGUUACUGGUAACAACACGCAAGUGGGAUUUGCAUGUAGCAACCAUUUUGACUACAUGAAAGGAUUUGGUUACGUUUUUGCAAUUAAAGGGUUGAAAAGGAAAUAAUUGGACAUGAAUUCAGACACACUCGUAUUGAGCCGGCUGAAACGGCAGUGGUCUAUUUAAAAGUGGAAAAAAAAAAAAAAAAAUCCGAAGAGGUGUACCUAGUCCUUUUGAACUGUGUUCCCAGGUCCAACUCGAUUUUGUUUGUCACAUCACUCUGAUAUGUUCUUGGAUGUCUGUCCUCAGUAACAGUCUUGAAUCCGCCUCUGUUAGUUUGUCAGAUGCCUUAUCAUGCGAUUUACUUGUGUGUUCUGGAUUCAGGAAGUCUGUUUCUUUGUGUGUGUGGGUGUCAUAUGUCCCUAUGGUACCACAGGAACCCGGGGUUGGUAUGACGUGAGAUAAAAAUGUUCCUGAGAGGCACACAGUAGAUCAUAGUCGUAAAGGAUGAUUCCAAUAGGAAGUGUGUGUUUUUUCUUUUUUUUUUUUUUAAGUGCUUCCUUGAAUGGUCUGGGACCCUAUAGGAGCACACACUUCUUUAAAAAUGUUUUUUUUUUCUUCUUCUUUGCAUUAUCAUGCCUGGAUAUGCGAUAGAGUGCUUGCACUUCCGAUUAUAAGAGAGAGAAUGGAAACGAGCAUCUAUCGCUGACAUGUCUUAACUGCUUUUGAGAAUCUUUUUUUUUUUGGUGUGUGGGAAAGGGACCCAGUUCAGAGGUUUGACCUUUGUAAAGUUAUUGAUUGUGUAUUAAAAAAAAAAAAGAAAAUGAGAAAAAUUUGUACACACAACUGCCUAAUAAACUGCUAAUUCGCA